CCAUAAAAGCCCGUUUGCGACCCGCUCUCUGCACCCCAUCCGCUGGCUGUCACCCCUCGGAGACGCGCGCCGGACAGCAGAGUACUUGCCGCCCAGCCACGCCCGCGCGCCAGCCACCAUGCUAGGUAGCAAGCGACUGGGGCUGUCCGGACUGACCCUCGCCCUGUCCCUGCUCGUGUGCCUGGGUGCGCUGGCCGAGGCGUACCCCUCCAAACCGGACAACCCGGGCGAGGACGCGCCAGCGGAGGACAUGGCCAGAUACUACUCGGCGCUGCGACACUACAUCAACCUCAUCACCAGGCAGAGGUAUGGCAAACGAUCUAGCCCAGAGACACUGAUUUCAGACCUCUUGAUGAGAGAAAGCACAGAAAAUGUUCCCAGAACUCGGCUUGAAGACCCUUCAAUGUGGUGAUGGGAAAUGAAACUUGCUCUCUGGCCUUUUCCUAUUUUCAGCCCAUAUUUCAUCGUGUAAAAUGAGAGUCCACCCAUCCUACCAAUGCAUGCAACCAUCGUGCUGAAUUCUGCAAUGUUUUCCUUUGUCAUCAUUGUAUAUAUGUGCGUUUAAAUAAAGUAUCAUGCAUUCAAAAGUG